AUUGUGUUACUGCAUGAUAUUCAACCACCUUUUUCUUACAAAAUUGGGCAAAUGUAGUCUUCUAAGGUGUGUAAAUGAGCAUACACACAUACGGUAUGUGUAGUGUAGACAAUGUGAUCAGAUAAACACAGGCCCGGUCCCCGGACCUGCUGCGCCAGCCUCCUGUGGAGAGCAAAAACAAGUGCUCAUAUCUAUCUGUCUGCCUGUCUGUCUCUGUCUGACCCACAUAAUGACCUGUAUGCCUGCCUCUCUGUCUAUCUGUCUGUCUUUAUAAUCGUAUGUAUUUGUGUACGCCUGACUCUGACUCCUUCCAACUUCUACCUAGACCUGUUUGGGCUUCUGUCAACUUGUGUUUCUUCCUGCCUUUCUCUGUCUGCCUGCUCAUUUGUGUUUUGUCACACUGUCUGCUUGCCUCUUUUUUGCUUCUCUCCCGCUGUCUUGUCAGCCUGACGUGUCUGCUUCUUUCUUUUUUUCCCCAUGUGACUGUAUGCCUGCCUGUGUCUCUGUCCCAUAGGUUUAUGUGCAUUACUGUUCCGACUUCAGCUGAAAUACUUUAAGAUGUUUUUGUAUUCUACUUUGAAGCCAGUUUCCCACAUUAUCACAAAGCAUAUUAUUUUGCAGUUGAAUGUGAACAGGCUGGAAUUUUAUAAUAAUGUUUUUGUCUGUGAGUAUGUAACAACUCUCACCACCUUUGCCUGAUGUUGGUAUUUAUGUACUAGCUUUAGGUGCUCUGAAGAGAGCACAGAGAUGAACAUAAUUAAUUCUCUAAUAUAAAAGAUUGUGUAUUCUCUGUCCAGUUCCUAGAAAUUCUUUUUAUUUCUAUUCUUAUUAGGCAUUCCUCAGAUUAAUAAAAACCUCAGAUAGAACAUCAGUUCACCAGUUCUUUUUUUAAAUGUUUUUGUUAUAUCAUGUUUAUACAAAAGUUGGCACGAGUGACUGCUUAUUUUUAUAUUUAUAUAAAAGCAGAACAGAAUUAUCAGGAUUAUGAGCCACCAGCUGGGUGGUGGUGGACAGUGGGUGUUAAUAAUAAUCCGAUGGAAGUCAGCCAGUAUGGCACUUGCAAGUUAUUAUCUUAUUAUUUAAAUAGUGCUUAUUUUAGCUUGUCAAACAGAUAAUAUAUCACAUUGUUGAUGAUUUAUUAAUUUUGUGUUAUUUAAGUAACAAUACAGAACAUUGGCUGAUAUUCUACAGAGGAAUCACUGGUGAAGCAUUCAUUGUAUUCUACCCCAACAAUAACUACAGCAAUGUCAGUAAAGAGCAAACAUUAUCUUAACAUAACACAUAAUUAACAUCCUCAGCUUUUUUCUUUUCCUUAAAACCAUACAUGCUUUACAGAAGUUUAGGACCAUUGUGUUGUUGCCAAGUUUGCGGCAGCUACUGGAAGCCUGUCCUUCAGUGGUUGACAGGCAAUGAGGAAGCAUAAGUUAGACAGCUAACACGACUAAGUUAUGCUCAGCCUUGCAACCAGCUAAUAGUACAUCGCGCUCUUCCUUCUUACUCGUUCUCAUAACUCCCUGAUUUGUUCUUGCAAUAUUGUAUGACUUUUUCUUUCACCUCUUCUUCCACUCACCUAUGAUGAGCUCUGUGUUACUUUUGAGUCUCUUCCCUUUCUCUCAUUCCUCUUCUAAUUCCAACAGUUUUCAUUGUACUGUCAUCUAUUUUUAGCUCCUCGUGUGGUGGGCAGAGGAGGUGCGUGAAAGCAUGGGAGUGUGUCUGGAUUGCGGGGGAGAAAGGUGUGUGUGUGUGUGUGUGUGUGUGUGUGUGUGUGUGUGUGUGUGUGUGUGUGUGUGUGUGUGUGUGUGUGUGUGUGUGUGGGACUGUGUGGGACUGUGUGGGUAUGUUUUGGUCUCCAUCACGCUACACCAAAUUGCCCUGCACGAGACACCCUGCAGUCUUCAGAAAGCCAUUAGGGUGAGGAUCUAGCAGCACUAAAUCUGACAGUGAUUAUUAACCACUGAUGUUUCUAAUUGUCAAGGAUUGUGAGUAAUUAAAUGCAAUCAGCACAUCAUAUGAUCUAAAAAUAACUGACUUGGUAAUUGUUCUAGCAUAGAUUCAGUAGGCUCUUUACAGAAGGACUGACUGGGACUUGCUAUAGCUAACAUGUUUGAGAAAAUUAAAUACUAAGUGUUCAACUGAGUCCUUUAGAGCCUUGCAAUACAAAUCUGGCUGUUGAUGUUGCCUGGAGGGAGAUUAAAAGUUGACUGGUGAGGUCAUGCUACCUGGGUGUAGCUGACUGUGUCAAAGCAACUCUCAUGCUAAGUGGAGGCGCAGCAUCUGCUGAUGCAUGCAAAAGUAAGUAGUUAAGUAGUUGCCACUUAGUACUGUAGAUUUUUAAGUGUCCAUACAGUUAUAGUCUCUCUCUCUUGCUCUUUUAGAGACACAUGCAUAGAGUUGCACAUAGAGUUGCAAAGAAAAAAAACACGUAGGCCAUUGUGUAAUGAUACAUUACAUAAGUACCAUUAUUAAACAAGGUUUACUUGUAAAGGCAUGAGUACUGAGUACUGUGUGAGCAUGGGCUUUUUUUUUUAGAAUGUGAUAUUAUUUCAACGUAUUCAGGGCAUAUUACAGGGCUAGUAAGAUAUACACUUUUACAUUAUUAUUAAUGAUAAAACAGUUCUAUACAUAUAAUUUAAAGCAAUUCAUUUCUCAGUUAGACAAUGUGGCCUUAGAAAAUGUUAAUUUUAGCAUCACUAGACUUUUAUUUUUUAUCUGAACUUUCUGAACUUCCUCCAUUGAAGUGCGCCUUUCAGUCUCUCCUUUACUUGCAGUUUGCACCUAGAAGGCAGAGCCAGUUACUAAUUGCAUAAUUACUUGAUGCGUUGGUGAAUCAGCUACAAAUUACACGCAGGCUGUGAGGGCAAAUUAAAUUAUUUGCACUGUGCUUUCAUGUAUUUAAAUCUGUCUCUCAGUCUCUUAAGCUUUUAUAUUGCUGCUGUUUAUUAUUAGUAGGUUACAAAUAUAUUUCUUUUAUUCAGUUUUAUUCAGUGUAUGGCGUACCAGCAUGAACAAAUCAGAGAGUCAGUAAAGAUGCAGUUAUGGCUUCCUAGGUAAACAAUUAGAGAAAGUUUUAACACAUUAGACUGGAUGAAUUCUUACACAAGAAACUAAAGACUAUCUGUUAAAUAAUGGCACUGUCUGUGCUUUAUAAAUACAGAAGCAGAUUAUAAACCCACACAGAUACAGUGAGAUCUGAUUUCUCUGUGCAGCAAUAAGCACAUACUUUGUGUAUAGUAGUCCACAUGCGAAGAUGCACAAAACUGUAGGGAAAGACGCUUUCCUGUCCUGUAUGUCCUUGGUUUACAAUCAAAUUGAAAAUAGAAAUAUUUCCUGUAAACUGCACCCAGGCAUGCAUUUAUUGUUUCCCUGCAAACAAAUACAAUACCUUUUCUGCACUGUAGAACGACAAUGUCCAUUCUUACAACUCAAAAAUGUCCUAUCUUUUGGGAAUGAGGUGAGAGGCUACUGAGAUGUUAACGGUCAAAAGAGCUGGGUUAACACUGAAUGUUACUAAUUUAAACAGUGUGAAAGAGUAUGUUUGAAUUUUAGGGCGAUUAUGAGAACCACUGGCAUAGAAAAAACAGGGAGGGGUGAGAGGGUUGGAGAAAGAGGCAAGCCUCGUGCCCUUGCAGUUAAUCAUUGGUUGGAGCCACAGGGAAGGGGAGGGGCCUCAGUGUCACUGUUUCUGUAGAGAGAGAGGCAGAGGGAGCAAGAAAGAGAGAGACAGCAAAGGAGGAUAAAUGAACACGGGGGUUCUCCCAGCAUCGGUAUGACUGCCUACCUCAUUUCCAGUCCAGACACAGUUGCUGCUCCUCUGGAUAGAAAUAACAGCUGAGGUGUGUUUGCAUGUGUGUUCGCAUGUUUUAAAUAUCAGUCACUCCGUGCACCGCCUUCAUUCUCUCAGCUAACGCCAGUCUGCUGUGAUUUUACUGCGAAGGACCAGACAGAAACUGUGACAAGAGCAAGCGGACAUGGAGGAGUGGUGAAAAGAGGGGUAAAGGAGAGCCAAGAAACACAAGGAAAAAGGAAGAAGAAACAGGAGAGAAGCAGAAGGACAGAAUAAAAAGGAGAUAUUAUGCUUAAUGUCUCCUUCCCUCAAUUCAUUAACGCAGCACAUUCCACAAUAAUGUCUUUUCAUUGUAAGCUGUGACUCUGGACUAUAGACACAUAAGAGAGCUUCAAUCAUUGCUUUCUACAGCUGCAGCAGAUGUUGAAGACGUCUUUGACUUUAUAGGGAGCGGAGGCAUUUCAGGCAUAGAUUGGACUAGAAUUCCUUUAAACAAAGUCACAUUCUGGUUUUUUUUCUCGUUUUUGUGCCUUUAGCUGGGAAAUUUGCUUUACUGAUUAAAAGGAAUACACACGUUUUUUUUUGUGUGUUAAUCUGUUUUUACACUGGUGGUUUUCUAUCUUUGUGUAAAACCACAACUGCCUGCACCGAGGACAAACCCAGGGGGCUUCCUCACCUCUCGCUGUCCUUUCCAUCCCUCCUGCAUUUGAAAUGGCAGAUGGCAGCAGUCUCAUCAUGGAACCGCAGCAUGCAGCUUUUUGUUUGGACUGAAACCAUACAGCUACAAGAUGAUGAAUUCCUCCCUGGAUCCACUGAACCAAAGCUCUGCUGACCCGUCAAACUUAUCUGCUCCCUUCUGCCUGCUUGAGAUAGGCUAUUCCCAGAUUUUCACCACCUGCCUGCUUGAAGUCUCUAUCAUACUUCUCCUCACUGUUCUCAUAAUUUCUGGAAACCUGGUGGUGAUUUUUGUGUUUCACUGUGCCCCCUUGCUUAGCCAGCACACCACCAGUGCUUUCAUCCAGACUAUGGCAUACGCUGAUCUGCUUGUGGGGGUCAGCUGCCUGUUCCCCUCUCUGUCCCUCCUUCAUCACCUCAAGGGCCUCGACCCCAAACUCACCUGCCAGGUGUUCGGGUACAUGGUGUCUGUUUUGAAAUCAGUUUCAAUGGUGUCGUUAGCGUGUGUGAGUGUAGACCGCUACAUUGCCAUCACACGAUCUCUGACUUAUGCAUCCCUGGUGACACCUUGUCGAAUUCGAUGCUGCAUCGUUCUAAUAUGGUUGUACUCUGCUCUAGUGUUUCUCCCAUCUUUUCUGGGGUGGGGGAAACCUGGUUACCACGGGGAUGUGGUGGAGUGGUGCGCAGUUGAAUGGAGGACUCGUCCGGCCUUCACAACCUUUAUUGUUGCACUGCUCUACGCCCCAGCUGCUCUCACUGUUUGCUAUACCUACGCCAACAUCUUCAAGAUCUGCCGGCAGCACACGCGGGAGAUCAGCGAGCGCCGCGCACGAUACAAACCCCAACAGCUGCAGGGCCCAGGAUUGACAGUGGGAUCUGCGUUCAAGGACAACAGUGCAGUAGAGCAAGGGCAGUUGCCCCACUUGUCUCAACCACAAAAAUCGCAACCACAGUAUCAGCAGCCCACAUCAACAUACCCAGACAAGCGAUACGCUAUGGUACUGUUCCGCAUUACCAGCGUGUUUUAUAUCCUCUGGUUGCCCUACAUCCUCUACUUUCUGUUGGAGAGUGGAGGGAUCUAUCACCACCCUGCAGCCUCAUUCCUAACCACAUGGCUUGCCAUCAGCAACAGCUUCUGUAACUGUCUCAUCUACAGCCUCUCCAACUCUGCCUUCAGGAAGGGCCUCAAACGUCUCUGCUCCUUCUGUUUACAGCGCAGUGGAAGUGGCAGUGGCUUCGGGGUUAGGAACACUAAAAAGGCUUUUGUUGGUUCUGUUGAAAAAGGAUGUGGAGUGCCGGCGUAUGGAUACGGACAUGGGGAAAUAGGAAUUGGCACAUGUCAUGUGUAGGGCACACAAAAAGGAAACCCUUGUGCCAAGUUGGCAUUUGAACUUUUUAAAAGCCUGAUGUGAUUGCUGUAAUAUGUCUCCUCUUUUAAGCUUAAAUGUGCUGUAAAGAGAUGGAAGGAGGCAUUGAUCCGUCACUGCUGUUUCUGUCGCAUUUGGAGGUUACACCGGCGUCCUCUCUGCAGACGCCACAGCUAGCAAAGACAGAGAAAGGGAGUCAAGAAUAAAACACUGAAGGAGAAAAGGCCUAAAUAGCCCUGCAAGGUGUUUUUAAAAUGGUCCUAGAAACCCAGCAUACUGUACUGUGUAUGGACAGGGAUGAUAGAUGGAAAGGGUUGGGAAGAAGGAGAAAAAGGUGUCUAAAAAAAUCUCACACACAUUUUUUUACACAGAAAUGAACUCUUUUGAGGUUAAACACCAAUUUUAUCUAUCAGUUUCCUUUAAUGGCAAGUGAAUCCUUAACUUAUUUUGCUAAAACAACACAAAACGUUCCAAGAAAAGUGUUCUGAAAGACUGUAUGUGAAACAAUGUGACCUUUGUUGCCAGAUUAUCAGCACAGUAUGAGUUAAAUGCAAAAAAGAAGACAGUUGAUGCUGUGUUUUUGUAAUGUGGUGCUAAGGUGAAGCUCUUUAAAUAUGUUUUUACGUGCCCCUACCCCCUCAGUAUCUGAAUACAAAAAGUGAUGCAACAGUUUGUGUAUUUGUUGUCUUUUGUUGUUGACUGAUUGAUCGAGCUUAGUCAGUCAAAAAGAAAUGGAAAGAACAACUGUAGGUCUUAGACUUAGUACGUAGUAUGUCAUUUUCGAGUUAGUUUGCAUUGACUGAAGUGAUUAUGCUUUGUCGGUAUCAAGACAUCUAUACAUCAACUUUGAAAUUUCAGAUUGUUAUAAUUUUAUGAUCGAUGUAAUGUCUUUUACUAGGUCGUAGGUUCACAUAUUGAGCCGGCUGUUUGUAAUAUGUGAGAUGAGAUGCUACCCAGCUCGGGUGUACGACUGUUAACCUGACAAACAGCAAACAUUAUUUUCAGUUAAUUUAUCGUUCAAUUCAUUUUUCAAAUCUUUGUCAGUUUCAUUGCACCUUUGUGGUUUUGAUUAUGUAACUAAACUUAUUUCAUAAGACUCCGAUCAGACAGAGCAGAUGUUUUGCAGGUUGCCUAGUAAUAGUAGUAAAUGAUGUUGGGCGCUUUUUCCGCUCUGAGUAGAAGUUAUUUCAACAUGAGGCGUUUAGGGCGCUGUUGCAAAAAUGCAAGGCGCAUACAGCGGAAAAACGCGAGGCACUCAGGCUCCCAAAAGCAGUGAACAAAAUGCUUAAUUCACCUUGAAAACAAUUUUAAAAAGCUGCCCCAGGCUGCUUAAACAUGCUCUGUCUGAUCGGGCCUAACUGUGUCCAAGGAAAAGCAAGACCAAGGCUUUUUAUCAAUGGUAAAAACGUUAAGCUCUUAAAUGAAUAACCCUUGAACUGUGAUCCUGACCCCCUGUCUCUGCGAUUGGCUGAGAGUAAUAGUCUAAUGAGAAGUCUUAUGUGAUUGUGGAAAUAUAAUAUAAAUAUUCUUGUGAAUAAUGACCUUUUUACAAACCUAGGUGUAUGCUGUAUUGUGACUAUUAUUCUGCCCACUUUCAGGGACUAGUACACACACACACACACACACACACACACACACACACACACACACACACACACACACACACACACACACACACACACACACACACACACGUGGGUUCUUUUCACUCUUAACUUGAUAUUUAAUACAAAUUUAUCAAAGCCAAUAAUAUGUCAAAAUGACUCCAAGUGUACAUACUGUGUCAUAAACUCAAACAUUGUGAACCAUUAUCUCUAUUUUGAACCAUGGAGAAUCAUUUUACAAUUUAUUUAGGUGCAGAUAAUCUAACUUUAUACAUUUUAUCUAAUCUACCAAAGAAAGUUCAUUUGGUUAAAUGAUAUUGUUUUCUAAAUAUCUAACAUAUGAAGAUUUAGUUAAGUGCGAUUUAGUAAGAGGGGGUUUUACACAAACUUUGUGUAGUUCCACUGCACUGUGUUGGCCCAGUGAUGCCUUGUCCGCAUGAGUAUGACUGUUUCAGUAAAGUGAUAUAUUGUUGCCUUGAUAUACAAAUGAAAAUGAAUUGUUGGGAAAGUAUUUUCCUUACAUUUAGCGAGGGCUUAAUUUAUAGACAUGCAACUGUUUUUAGAGGCAACAGCACAGACUGAAAAUAAAAAUAUACAUUAGCCAGCCUAAAAUUCCACACUCCAUACAGAAUAACCUGAACCCCAUCUGUUGUGUAAAGUAAUGUCAUUGUUAAUUCAGCUACUCUCUUGUGUAAAACUGAAAUCAACCAGGAACAAACACAUGACUCAAAACUGUUAAUGGUGUUUGUAUUUUAAAUUAUUUGUUUGUGUGUGUUUGAGUGUGUGUAUGUAGGUGUGUUAGGAUGUGACCAUUGGUUGAAUUUAACUGUUUACGGUGUUCUAGCAAGGCUGCUAACAGUGUUUCAUUGCUUUAUUAGCUGCACAUCACAUCUCUCGAAUACACUGUAUUUUGUGAGUGUACUGAAUGUGAGUAUGAUGUGCUAUUGUGGUAGAUUCAUGUUGU